AUGGACACUCCGCCGCCACCGCCUCCGCAUGGUGGAGCUCCAAAGUCCUCUGGCCUGCCACCAGGCAAAUACGAUAUUUUCAUAAUACCUCCUCACUCCUCAGGCUCUGGCUUCUUGUACCUCCCGUCCCUACAACCACACACCAACAGUUUCGCAGCAGGGUUUGCCUCGGCCCUCAUAUUGGUUGUCAUAGGCUCAGCACUGGCUCCUGCCUUCAAAAUAUGGUGGAUUAGCGUCCAGGGAUCUGGUGGGAUGGGCAUGAUCCUGCUCGUGGUGGCCGUUGGGGUCGGUGCCUGGGUUCUGGGUAGAACGCAAAAUGAUCGUCCCGGGCCAGGCGGUGGCUCCAGUGGAGGUGCCCCAGCCCCAGAUGCUGGGCCUCAGCCAAAUGGGCAUUCCAAUGCCCAUGAUGGCUAUGCGGCUGGGGGUGCACCACCACCGCCUCCAAGAUCUGGUCCACAGGCUGGAGCUUCGGGUGGCCGUUCAGGAGGAGGAUGGCAAAGAGGUAAUCCUCCCCCUGGAGCUACACAUGCCAACGAAGGUGAUGGACACGCCGAAGGGGCUGCCAAGGGGGCUUGGGAAAGGGCAAGGGAAGACACGAAGCGAAAGGAGGAUGAACGAAAGGCCCGGGAAGCUGCCCAGAAACGUAAAGAGGAACUGGAGAAAAAGUUACGAGAAGCACGAGAGAAGGAGGCGCGCGAACGAGAAGUUCGCGAGAAGCGGCAAAGGGAAGAGGAAGAGCGGGCUAAAGCAAGAAUGGCCGCUGCCGCUGCCGCCGCAAAAGAGAAGGAAUUCAAAAAGGCUCGGGAGCAAGAAAGAGAGAGGCAAAGAAUACAAGUUGAGCAGGAAAGAGAACAGCACCGGAAGCGACUCGAAUUGGAGAAGGAGCAGCGUCGGCAAGAAGCCGAACUAGAAAGACAAAGGGAAUUUGAAAAGAUUCGAGCCGAGGAAAGAGAACAGAAUCGGAAACGAGUCGAAUUGGAGAAGGAGCAGCGUAGGAAACAAGACGAGCUAGAGAAGGAGCAGCGCCGGAAACAAGCCGAAUUGGAAAGGCAAAGGGACUUCGAGAAAACUCGAGCCCAGGAAAGAGAACAGCACCAGAAACAAAUCGAAAUGGAGAAGGAGCAACAUCGGAAACAAGUUGAGUUGGAAAAGGAGCAGCGUAGGAAACAAGAAGAGCUCGAGAAGGAGCAACGCCGGCAACGAUUUGAACUGGAACAACAAAAGGCAUUUCAAAAGACUCGAGAGGAGGAAAGAGAACAGCAACGGAAAAUAGUUGAACUGGAAAAGGAGCAGUACCGAAAACGAGUCGAGUUGGAAAAAGAGCAGGAAAGGGCAAGGAAGGCUGCCGCCGCCGCCGCCGAGCGAGAAAAGGAAUUGGUGGAAAGAGCCCGACAGCAGGAAAGAGAAAAGCUUCUGAAAGAAAUCGAACUGGAGAGGGAACAAGAGAGGGCUAAGCAACGCGAAAAGGAACAGGCCGAAGCACUGGAACGAGAAAAGGCCGAAAAGGCGCAAAAGGCAAUCGACGAUGAGAAGGCAGCAGCGUGGGAGAAGCGAAAACAAGACAUGCGGCAAAGGGCAAAGCAAUUGCAGGUGGAGAAGGAGAAGCUAGCGAAAGCAAAACUGGACGCUACGACUCCCAGGGGAAGCAGUUAUGCCUUUUCAUCGACAGGAGAAAAGAUCAAUCCAUGGCCUCAAGGACGACCUCCUUCCCCUCCUCCAUACGAAUCACCGCCACCCUCACCUACCAAGAAGCCGCCUCCCCCAACAGCAAAAACCUACCGUGGAACCGAAGAGGACGCUUACUCCUAUCGACCUUACGACGAACCCAAAAAGCCGAAACACAAAAAGGCCCCCUCCUCCGUUUGGUCCGAAUCAUCUUAUACUCCAUCCCAAUCUACUUCCAGGACGACUCCACCACCCUCGCAGAGAGGUCCAUACUCCACUAAGGAUCCAAAUAAGAUCGUUAUCAAGGCCGUGUACGCAUUUAACAACGCAUUUCAAAAGACUCCCACUUCACAACUGGUCUCUGGGGUUGGAUCCGUUACCGAUGGUCUGAUUCUGCGAAUAAAUUCCGAAGGUCUUUUCAUUGAUGAUGAUGUCCGUGGCGUCCCACAACGAGAAUGGGACGUCAAAGCCUGGACUAUGAAACUCGUAGAGGUAUGGUGUCCAUUUUUCCGCCACGCUGGCAAUCCUACAUCUGCUUCUGCUGCGUCUAACAAAAAGAAUCCUGUUCGUCGGUUGUGGGGCCUAGACAAGGAAAAAGCUGCCACAUCCGAGGAAACGGAUGCUCUCUUAACCGACAUGUUGCAAAUUUGCAACAGUAAUUGUCGUUUCCGAUCGAGCUCCUCGUCGUCUGCUUAUUCCGCAAGUUCUGCGGGUUCUCGCGAUGAUCGUUCUUCUGUUAAUGAUUCAGCUUAUGGUUCUUCUGUUGGCUCGUCGUCGCCCUCUGGGAAUAAGAAAACUGACAAACGUGGUGUACACUACCAGACGGGAGAAUUGAAAAGCGCGAGACUACAUGUCUUGAGAGCUAGCAUUCGUGAUCAAGAGGGCAGGAAGUACUUGUUCGUUAUUGAUGAUACGGAGAGUUGGAAGAUCGCUGGUGCUGUACAAAGACUACGAAAGGGACCUCUCCAACGGGGUUUGGGGGUGUGUGGUUUGAGUACUUCUGAGGCAAGGGGCAUGCUCGAUCAUUUAGGAUGGUCGUGA